CAAACCCGAGGCAGCAUGGAGAGGGGCCGCGGCCCCUGCAGCGGAACCGGACCCAGUCCCUGAGCCGCCCCACACCCACAGAUUCGCGCAGAAAAGAAAAGCAGGGAUCUCAGCAGUUGAACUGAAGGCACUCCAGGGAAACCUGCCGUUUAUUGUGAAAAUCAUCUUUGAUCCUGAAAUUAAAAGUAAAGCUGGAAAGGAAUUUACAAACAAGAAAAAAAAGAAGUUUGGGAUCGGACUUACAGGAUCUGGGCUUGGAAAUGCCUCAGCCUAGUGUAAGCGGAAUGGAUCCGCCUUUCGGGGAUGCCUUUCGAAGCCACACUUUUUCGGAACAGACUCUAAUGAGCACAGAUCUCUUAGCAAACAGUUCAGAUCCAGAUUUCAUGUAUGAACUGGAUAGAGAGAUGAACUACCAGCAGAAUCCUAGAGACAGCUUCCUUUCUUUGGAGGACUGCAAAGACAUUGAAAAUCUGGAGUCUUUCACAGAUGUCCUGGAUAAUGAGGGCACUUUAACUUCAAACUGGGAACAGUGGGACACAUACUGUGAAGACUUAACGAAGUACACCAAGCUAACCAGCUGUGACAUCUGGGGAACAAAAGAAGUGGAUUACUUGGGUCUUGAUGAUUUUUCCAGCCCUUACCAAGAUGAAGAGGUCAUAAGUAAAACUCCAACUUUGGCCCAGCUUAAUAGUGAAGACUCUCAGUCUGUUUCUGAUUCCCUGUAUUACCCAGAUUCACUUUUCAGUGUCAAACAAAAUCCUUUGCCCUCUUCAUUCCCUGGUAAAAAGAUUGCAAGCAGAGCAGCUGCCCCUGUGUGUUCUUCUAAGAUUCUUCAAGCUGAGGUCCCUUUGUCAGACUGUGUCCAAAAAGCCAGUAAACCCACUUCAAGCACACAAAUCAUGGUGAAGACCAACAUGCAUCAUACCGAGAAGGUGAACUUUCAUGUUGAAUGUAAAGACUAUGUUAAAAAGGCAAAAGUAAAGAUCAACCCAGUGCAGCAGAGCCGGCCAUCGCUGAGCCAGGCUCACGCAGACGCAGCAAAGGAGAACACCUGCUACUGUGGGGUGGUAGCAAAGAGGCCAGAAAAGAAAGGGACGGAGCCUCUUCAGGGUCAUGCCACUCCAGCUUUGCCUUUUAAAGAAACCCAGGAACUACUACUCAGUCCCCUGCCCCAGGAGGGUCCUGGGGCAAUUGCUGCAGGAGAGAGUAGCAUCCUUUCUGCCAGCACAUCGGUCUCAGAUUCAUCCCAGAAAAAAGAAGAGCACAAUUACUCCCUUUUUGUCUCCGACAACUUGGGUGAACAGCCAACCAAACGCAGCCCCGAAGAAGAGGAGGACGAUGAGGAGGAUGUCGAUGAUGAGGACCACGAUGAAGGGUUUGGCAGUGAGCACGAACUUUCUGAAAAUGAGGAGGAGGAGGAGGAGGAGGAAGAAGAUUAUGAAGAUGACAAGGAUGAUGAUAUUAGUGACACUUUCUCUGAACCAGGCUAUGAAAAUGAUUCCGUGGAAGACUUGAAGGAGAUGACUUCGGUAUCCUCUCGGAAGAGAGGUAAAAGAAGGUACUUCUGGGAGUACAGUGAACAGCUCACACCAUCACAGCAAGAGAGGAUGCUAAGGCCAUCCGAAUGGAACCGAGACACCUUGCCAAGUAAUGUGUAUCAGAAAAAUGGCUUACAUCAUGGAAAAUACGCAGUAAAGAAGUCACGGAGAACUGACGUAGAAGACCUGACUCCCAACCCUAAAAAGCUGCUGCAGAUAGGCAAUGAGCUGCGGAAACUGAACAAAGUGAUCAGUGACCUGACCCCAGUCAGUGAGCUCCCCUUAACUGCCCGGCCACGGUCAAGGAAGGAGAAGAACAAGCUGGCCUCCAGGGCUUGUCGGUUAAAGAAAAAAGCUCAGUAUGAAGCUAAUAAAGUGAAAUUAUGGGGCCUCAACACAGAAUAUGAUAAUUUAUUGUUUGUAAUCAACUCCAUCAAGCAAGAGAUUGUAAACCGAGUUCAGAAUCCAAGAGAGGAGAAAGGACCCAACAUGGGGCAGAAGCUUGAAAUCCUCAUUAAAGAUACUCUUGUAGCAAGGAGCAGAGCACUCAUCAGGGACCCCUGUCAGCUGAGGGCCAGCGCACUCCCGCCAAUGCCCUCUCCUUUCUGUGUCGUUUGUCCUGUAACUUGGCGUUGGUGGUUAAGUGAUGCUAGGGCUGACCGCGCAUAAGAAGUCACACAGGAGUGGAAGGGCAAGAAUUCAAAGCAUUUGUUCCUGUAAUGUGGCCACCUCUCUUGCAUAGCCACAUAGGAUCCUGUUUGUAAUGCUAUCAUAUUCUGUUGUUUUGUUCCCCUGUCCCCUCCCCCCUCCCCCACAACUGGAGCUAUGAAACUUUAUUGGAUUCAGUCUUGUCUUUUGUCUAGAAAGAAUUUUAUCUUGUUGACGCAUGAGCUGUUUAAAAUUUAUUCUAUUAAAUGUUGGUUAAUAGUUGUGCAGUUUUUCUUUUCAGAAGAAAAGGCAAUUCCAAUGUUGCCUUUGUUCUCUGUCACCUUCCAACCCCUCGGCACUUCUAGUCAGAUACAGACUCAUCUGUGUAUGCAACAUCCUUUGUAAUUUAAAAUAAAAAAAAAAUAAGAUGAAAAGG